AUAGAGGCUGGGGGCGGGGGGAGGUCAAGCGUAGCCUCUUCUCCUUUACCAAGAUGGCGGCUUGUCCCUGUUUCGCCACAGUUCCUACCUUAUGAGCUUGGUUUCCUCACGCUAAUAAGAGUGGUACAGUAAAAGCUGGCAGGCUGACAGAGGCGGCCUCGGGACGGACUUUCUGGCUACCGACCGUUUUGCUGUGGCUUACCCGGAUCACGUGUGGGUGUGAGAUCAACCAUGAGCUCCGUUGCAGUUUUGACACAAGAGAGUUUUGCCGAACACCGAAGUGGACUGGUUCCGCAGCAAAUCAAAGUGGCUACUUUAAAUUCAGAAGAGGAGAGCGACCCUCCCACCUAUAAGGAUGCCUUCCCCCCACUUCCUGAGAAGGCAGCGUGCUUGGACAGUGCCCAGGAACCUGCCGGAGCCUGGAGCACCAAGAUCCGGCCCAUCAAGGCCUCCGUCAUCACUCAGGUGUUCCACGUGCCCCUGGAGGAAAGGAAGUACAAGGACAUGAACCAGUUUGGAGAAGGUGAACAAGCCAAGAUCUGCCUUGAGAUCAUGCAGAGGACUGGCGCUCACCUGGAGCUGUCUCUGGCCAAAGAUCAAGGCCUCUCCAUCAUGGUCUCAGGGAAGCUGGAUGCUGUCAUGAAAGCCCGGAAGGACAUUGUCGCCCGAUUGCAGACUCAGGCCUCAGCAACUGUUGCCAUUCCUAAAGAGCACCAUCGUUUUGUGAUUGGCAAAAAUGGAGAGAAAUUGCAAGACUUGGAGCUAAAAACUGCAACCAAAAUCCAGAUCCCACGCCCAGAUGACCCCAGCAACCAGAUCAAGAUCACUGGCACCAAAGAGGGCAUUGAGAAGGCUCGCCAUGAGGUGCUGCUCAUCUCUGCUGAGCAGGACAAGCGUGCCGUGGAGAGGCUGGAGGUGGAGAAGGCCUUCCACCCCUUCAUUGCUGGGCCCUACAAUAGACUUGUGGGUGAGAUCAUGCAGGAAACAGGGACGCGCAUCAACAUCCCCCCUCCCAGUGUCAGCCGGACAGAAAUCGUCUUCACUGGAGAGAAGGAGCAGCUGGCACAGGCUGUGGCUCGCAUCAAGAAGAUUUACGAGGAGAAGAAAAAGAAGACCACGACCAUUGCGGUGGAGGUGAAGAAGUCUCAGCACAAGUAUGUCAUCGGGCCCAAAGGCAACUCCCUACAGGAGAUCCUGGAGAGAACUGGGGUUUCUGUGGAGAUCCCCCCCUCAGACAGCGCCUCUGAGACGGUGAUCCUGCGAGGGGAGCCCGAGAAGCUGGGCCAGGCGCUGACUGAGGUCUACGCCAAGGCCAACAGCUUCACGGUCUCCUCAGUGUCCGCCCCCUCCUGGCUUCACCGGUUCAUCAUCGGCAAGAAAGGGCAGAACCUGGCCAAGAUAACACAGCAGAUGCCCAAGGUGCACAUUGAGUUCACUGAAGGUGAGGACAGGAUCACCCUGGAAGGCCCCACAGAGGACGUGAGUGUGGCCCAGGAGCAGAUCGAAAGCAUGGUCAAGGACCUGGUCAACCGGAUGGACUAUGUGGAGAUCAGCAUCGACCACAGGUUCCACAGGCACCUCAUCGGGAAGAGCGGGGCCAACAUCAACAGAAUCAAAGACCAGUACAAGGUGUCUGUGCGCAUCCCUCCUGACAGCGAGAAGAGCAACCUAAUCCGCAUCGAGGGGGACCCUCAGGGCGUGCAACAGGCCAAGCGGGAGCUGUUGGAGCUGGCCUCUCGCAUGGAAAACGAGCGUACCAAGGAUCUAAUCAUUGAGCAGAGAUUUCAUCGCACAAUCAUUGGGCAGAAAGGUGAACGGAUCCGUGAAAUUCGCGACAAAUUCCCGGAGGUUAUCAUCAACUUCCCAGACCCAGCACAGAAAAGCGACAUCGUCCAACUCAGAGGGCCCAAGAACGAGGUGGAAAAAUGCACCAAGUACAUGCAGAAGAUGGUGGCCGACCUGGUGGAGAACAGCUAUUCGAUUUCUGUUCCAAUCUUCAAACAGUUUCACAAGAACAUCAUUGGGAAAGGUGGUGCAAACAUCAAGAAGAUCCGUGAGGAAAGCAACACCAAGAUCGACCUUCCCGCGGAGAACAGCAAUUCUGAGACCAUCAUCAUCACAGGCAAGAGAGCCAACUGUGAGGCUGCCCGGAGCCGGAUCCUGUCCAUCCAGAAAGACCUGGCCAACAUCGCCGAGGUGGAGGUCUCCAUCCCUGCCAAGCUGCACAACUCUCUCAUCGGCACCAAGGGCCGCCUGAUCCGCGCCAUCAUGGAGGAGUGCGGGGGCGUGCACAUCCACUUCCCUGUGGAGGGCUCCGGGAGCGACACGGUUGUCAUCAGGGGUCCCUCCUCUGAUGUGGAGAAGGCCAGGAAGCAGCUCCUACACCUGGCGGAGGAGAAGCAAACAAAGAGCUUCACCGUGGACAUCCGAGCCAAGCCAGAGUACCACAAGUUCCUCAUUGGCAAGGGGGGCGGCAAAAUCCGCAAGGUGCGUGACAGCACGGGUGCCCGCAUCAUCUUCCCAGCCGCUGAGGACAAGGACCAAGACCUGAUCACUAUCAUAGGAAAGGAGGACGCUGUCCGGGAGGCACAGAGGGAGCUGGAGGCGCUGAUCCAGAACCUGGAUAACGUGGUCGAGGAUUCCAUGCUGGUGGACCCCAAGCACCACCGCCACUUCGUCAUCCGAAGAGGCCAGGUCCUGCGGGAGAUCGCAGAGGAGUAUGGUGGGGUGAUGGUCAGCUUCCCGCGCUCUGGCACACAGAGCGACAAGGUCACCCUCAAAGGUGCCAAGGAGUGUGUGGAGGCAGCCAAGAAGCGCAUUCAGGAGAUCAUCGAGGACUUGGAAGCCCAGGUGACGGUGGAGUGCGCCAUCCCCCAGAGGUUCCAUCGAUCUGUCAUGGGCCCCAAAGGCUCCAGGAUCCAGCAGAUCACUCGGGAUCACAAUGUCCAGAUCAAGUUCCCAGACAGAGAGGAGAACCCAGUCCCCAGCACAGAGCCAGCUGUCCAGGAGAACGGUGAGGAGGCCGGGGAGGGCAGAGAGGCUGAGCCUGGCUCUCCACGGAGGUGCGACAUCAUCGUCAUCUCUGGCCGAAAAGAGAGGUGUGAGGCAGCCAAGGAGGCACUGGAGGCUCUGGUUCCUGUCACCAUCGAGGUGGAGGUGCCCUUUGACCUUCACCGUUACAUCAUUGGGCAGAAGGGAAGCGGAAUCCGCAAGAUGAUGGACGAGUUUGAGGUGAACAUUCACGUCCCAGCUCCUGAGCGGCAGUCUGACGUCAUUGCCAUCACCGGUCUCGCUGCUAAUCUGGACCGAGCCAAGGCCGGGCUGCUAGAGCGCGUGAAGGAGCUGCAGGCUGAGCAGGAGGACCGGGCUCUACGGAGUUUCAAGCUGAGCGUCACUGUAGACCCCAAAUACCAUCCCAAAAUCAUCGGAAGGAAGGGGGCAGUGAUCACCCAGAUCCGGCUGGAGCACGACGUGAACAUCCAGUUUCCGGACAAGGACGAUGGCAGCCAGCCCCAGGACCAAAUCACCAUCACAGGGUACGAGAAGAACACAGAAGCCGCCCGCAACGCCAUCCUGAAGAUCGUGGGUGAGCUUGAGCAGAUGGUCUCUGAAGACGUCCCGCUGGACCACCGUGUCCACGCCCGCAUCAUUGGCGCCCGAGGCAAAGCCAUCCGAAAAAUCAUGGAUGAAUUCAAGGUGGACAUCCGCUUCCCACAGACUGGAGCCCCAGACCCCAACUGUGUCACUGUGACAGGGCUCCCGGAGAACGUGGAGGAGGCCAUCGACCACAUCCUCAACCUGGAGGAGGAAUACCUGGCCGACGUGGUGGACAGUGAGGCUCUGCAGGGCUACCUGAAGCCCCCCGUGCACGAGGAGUCCAAGGCCCCCUCCAAAGGCUUUGUGGUGCGGGACGCGCCCUGGACUGCCAGCAGCAGUGAGAAGGCUCCUGAUAUGAGCAGCUCUGAGGAGUUUCCCAGCUUUGGGGCUCAGGUGGCCCCCAAGACCCUCCCUUGGGGCCCCAAACGAUAAUGAUCAAAAAACAGCACCCUCUCCAGCUGCUGAGCAAACCCGCCACACAGUUGGUCUCGGUCUGACCCAGCGGCAGGGCCCCAAUUGCUGACGCUCCCCCCUCCCGAGGUCUCGCAGUGAAGCCUGACGGCCGGCCCUGUCACCACCUCCCCAGGCCUGGUCGUCACCCAGCGGGCUCAGGGGCUGCCCCUGGGUGGUGCCCCAGGACAGGUGCCACCAUGUUGAACACUAAGCAGAGGUCAUUGCGCAUUUGUGGUAAGACUCCAGCUUCCUGGUCACCCAGCAUGCGGUCAGCACUGACCUUCACCAGAGCUCCACAGCAGCGGCUCGGAGUCGACUUCCUGUGUCAUGACCUCAGGAAAUAAAUUUCCUUGACUUUAUAAAAGCCAAACGUUUGCCCUCUUCCUUUCCCACCUCCCCUGCCCACUGCCUGUCCCCCGGACCCUCUUUUUGGUGGACUGCAGCUGGCCUCUGGCUGAAGGGUCUGCUCAGCACAGGGAGCAGGUGGGAGGAGUGCCUGGCUUAGACAGCGGGAGGCCCAGGGCAGCCUGGGCCCUACGCCGCACCCGUGAGCCUGCUUCAGGUGCGACAGUACCAGGGCUCCUGGUGCCUCCUGGGCUCCGGGGUCUGUGGGUGAGCCUAGAGGUGAAGCCGUGUGAGUGUGUGCCCCUGGGCCCUGUGGCUCGCAUCCAGUGGAGAUGGGAGCUUGACACUCCACUCCCCGGCUCCGUCUCAGCAGUCUUCUUUCUACCUCAGCUGGUGUGUGGGGGUCUUGAGCAGGAGCCCGGCUGCGGAGCUGGGGACAGGAGCUGCGUGCCAAGGCUGGCGCCCUCCAGGGGGCGCUGUUCCUGCGGUGGAACUGCCCCCAGGGCCCAGGUUCCCAGUCCUGGGGCAGGUUUCACUGUCGCUGGGCCAAGGAGUAAAGCAGGAGGACCGCAGGACUGGGUGCUGAGAGCUGCUGGCCAAGGAGGGCCUGGGCGUGACAGGGGCCCUCCGCUGGCCAGGCUGAAGGGCCCUCAGGAGGGAAGGUGGUCCCGGGCAGCAGCGUCCGGCCCAGCCACCCUGUGCCCCUCCAGGCCUUCUCUGGAGGUGCUGGGCCCACUCACUCCASUCACUCAGGCUUGGCCAUCUUGAACCCCAAGCUCUGGGACUGCCCAGAGCUGCUUCUCCCAGGUCUGCCUGUGGCUCCAGGAGCUCAAGCCGCCUCGCGUGCCGUUGACAGGCCAAACCCAGGCGGGGAAGGCCUCUGCUUCUCCAGAGGCCAGCAGCCUUCGGUGGGUUGGGAUGACCYGGGGCAGGAGGCAGGGACUCUGCCUUCCCAGGGGCGGGGAGGCCUUGCAGGGAGGGCUAUGGCCCUCCGUCUGCAUGUGCUGGGGCGCUUUCCCGUGGAGCCCUGGGCUUCCUGGCCCCCACACCACCUCUGGCCUGCCCUGUGCUCUUGCUUCUUUCCUGCAACACCCUCCUGCAGGGCCCAGCCCUCCCCUCCCAGGAGACGGCCCUGUCCUCACAGGGCGAGCCCGGCAUCUCCAUGUUGCUGAGUUCCGUCGACGCAGGUCCUYGAGCCGCUCAGGGUCCCGCACCCCUCUCCCUUGGUUGUCAUAAAGACUGAGAUGACUGUACCCAUGCCACGGGAGGCCCUUCCUGCGGCUGAAUGUCUUCCUGUUCCGUCUCUGUAGCUGCGUUCAUCCCUCGGCCUUAACUUUUGCCAUUUGGAAAUGAUAUGCAAACACCUGUAAAGGCUCGU